AUGAAAGUUGACGAGGACAAGGUCAAGACUCUCAGCCCUCAGUUGCUUACCGCCUACUCAGGCAAGCCAGGUGAUGCCAUUCAAUUUGUGGAAUACGUCAAACGCAACAUCCGCCUAUACCAAAUCCUCAACCUCUGGGCUCUCCAACCGGCUGUGGCUGCCUCAUGGAUUUGGAGAGCCAUUGCAGAGUCACUGCGAUCAUGCAAGCCCUACUCUGUCAACCUCUUGAUGAUUAUGACACGUCGACGGAUGGCCCACAUCUCUACUGGGUCAACUAUUUUGGGACGAUGGCAGAGGUGCCGUUUGCUGCCCAGGGCUAUGGAUCCUACUUUGCUCUUAGUUUGCUUGAUUGAUAUCACGAUCCCCAUGCCACCCUUGAGGAAGGGAUUGCAACAUUGA